AAAGGCUCUGUGAUGGGUCUUGCAGGACGAAAACAAAAGCAACGCAUAGGUGCUGACCCUCGAAACCUCACUUGGGCAGACGAUGCGGCAAAAUUCGGCCAAACGUACCUUGCGAAACUCGGAUGGGAUCCGUCUCGCGGACUUGGUGCAUCGGGGGAUGGACGUACUUCACACAUCAAGGUCGUGCAGAAACUGAAUAUGCUCGGUAUCGGCGCAGGUGCGAAGCAGGAGGGAGAUGUUGCUUGGAAGCAGAACAGGGACUACGAGAUGUUGUUGAAGAGACUGAACGAGGGAUUAGAGGGUGGGAAGGAUGAUAUUGGACAGGCGGAGGACGACGAAAGCAAGGUGGAUGCAGACGGGGACAAGGGUGAUGAAAUACAGGUCAAGAAAAAGAGAAAACGAAAGCAAGAUGUGGAUGUGGAUGCCGAGGAUGAGGAGAAGCGCAGGCAGAAGAGAGAGAAGAAAGGGAAGAAGGCGAAAAGGGAGAAGGAGAAAUUGGACAGCGAAAAGGUUGAAGAACUAGUGACGACCGACGAGAAAGCAGGACCCUCAGAACAGCCAGCCUCAGCUCUGGUUAUUCAAGCUCCCACACCUCGCCCCAUGGCACACCGCGCACGAUUCCUCCGUUCAAAGAAACUUGCUUCCCACUCUUCAACCGCUGUCGCUGAGAUACUCGGUAUCGCCACCUCUUCUUCCAAUACUCCUGUCGCUUUCGGCUCUGCCACGCCCUUCCCUCCUAGUUCUGAUAGCUCGACGCCGGUCACGGAGGCAGAUCAAGAAAUACGGACGUCAAGCAUAAGUGUCGGAGAUUACUUCAGAGAGAAGCUUGCCAGUCGAGCGAAUUCUCGUAUCGCAGCUGCGUCUCCGUUAUCAUCGUCUAUUAUACCACAAGAUCCAACGAACGCGGUCGACAACGGGACAGCAGGUACUUGUUCCUACGAUGAAGACAAUGCGCCACGCAGAGGACUCGGCUCAAGAGCGAUCCAUGUACCUCAGACAGCUGCGAAGGACGAUGAGGAUGUACCACGUGCUGGGCUUGGUAUGAAAUUUGGCAUGCUAAUGGGUGGUUUCACACGUCCAGAUUCUACGCCAGCUUCCUCGGCAGAGACGCCAGAAGAAUCACAACCAGACGACGGGAAAGAAAAGAAAGGGAAGAAAAAGAAAAAGCGGAAGGACAGGGCGUCUGAAAAGCUAGUCGAGGACGAUUCACCUAAGGAUACCUCCACUGAAGUUCGGGACGAUCAGGAAGACGCGAGGAAGAAAGACAAGGCAGCGCGAAGGGAGAAGAAACAGAAGGACAAGGAGAAAAAGAAAAGGGAGCAGUACACUGAGGAAGACUUGUAGUGAUUCGUCCCAGCGUCGUUAGACUUUGCAAUUCAUUACUUUCUUUUAGGUUUUGUUUUCGGCUUACUUCCUACAUAGACCACUGUAAGGUAACUCACUGUGCCUUACAAUUGAAAUUCUUCUCCUCAAAAGCACACUCUUAACUGACUG